AUGAUGACCAUGGUGAAUGAAACUGACUACAGCCUCAUGCAGUUUUUCUUGAAAGGGAUCCCAGGACUGGAACACGCUCAUCUCUGGAUCUCCUUUCCAUUUUUCUCUAUGUAUCUCAUUGGCAUGUUGGGGAACUGUGGACUUCUCUACAUCAUCUGGGCUGAGGAAGCCCUUCACAGGCCUAUGUACUACUUCCUCUGCAUGUUGUCUGUCACAGACAUAGUUAUGGGAACCUCUACGAUGCCAAAAGCAUUCUGCAUUUUUUGGCUAAACCUGGAGAAGAUCAGCUUCAGAGCCUGCCUGGUCCAGAUGUACAUUGUUCACACUUUCACAGGGAUGGAAUCUGGAGUCCUCAUGCUCAUGGCUUUGGACCGCUUUGUAGCUAUCUGUUAUCCAUUGAGAUAUGCUACUAUCUUGACCCACCCAGUCAUUCUUAAGGUAGGGAUCCUCACCUUCCUCAGAGGAGCAGUUCUCAUCCUCCCCUUUCCUUUUCUAGUCAGGAAAAUGAUAUAUUGCAACAGCAGAGCUAUUGCUCACACCUAUUGUGACCACAUGGCAGUGGUAAAGCUGGCUUGCAGCAAUAUCCAAGUUGAUGCUAUAUAUGGCCUGACAGUUGCCAUGUUGAUUGGGGGCUUUGAUAUCUCCUGCAUUACAAUGUCUUACUUCAUGAUCCUGAAGGCAGUUGUGGGCCUUUCCUCUCCAGAACAAAGGAGCAAGGCAUUUGGCACCUGCACUGCUCAUCUCUGUGCCAUUGCUAUCUCUUAUACACCAGCCUUCUUCACCUUCUUUGCACACCGUUUUGGUGGCCAUCACAUCACUCCUCAUGUUCACAUCAUUAUGGCCAAUCUUUACCUUCUUCUGCCUCCCAUGAUGAACCCCAUUGUUUAUGGAGUGAAGACAAAAGAGAUCCGUGAAAGUGUCCUGAGGUUGUUCCAUAAGGAAAAAAGUAUGACAACACCUAACCAUUGA